AUGCUCAAUAUUUCUCGUGCUCGAUCACACCUUACUAUCCUAGGGAUCGGUGCAGCCAAGGCUGGCCAUACCAGAGGGUGUGCAACUCUCACUCUGCGCUCAUACCACUCGGAUCAAUCACUCACGAUAAAGGCUCACAUCCUCAGUGGUUUAACUGCUCAAUUACCAUCUGACCAAGUCCAAAGCACCGACUUGGCACAGUACUCGCAUCUCACGCUCGCAGAUCCAGAGUUUGGAACCCCAGGUCCAACGAAUGUCAUCCUUGGAGCUGAUUACUACGGCCAGGUCAUCACUGGCGAGAUCAUCAAGUGCAAAUCUCCUGGAUUACUCGCCCAGAAUACAAUUUUUGGCUGGAUUCUCAUUGGUCCAGUCCAAGCUCGGCUCAACAAACCACUGAGAAUUCAUCAUGCUGUCUCCAAUCAUCAUGAUCAAGAUCUUCAAGACUUAUUAACUCGGUUCUGGCUCCAAGAAGAGGUCAGUCCAACUUAA